AUGGUCCUCGAAGAAGCCUCCACCUCCACUGAACCCAGUACCUCCUUCUCCGACUCUUCCAUACCCAGCUCCGAUCUCGACCCAUACUCCUCCAGCGACAACUCCCAACUCGCCGCUCCCAGCUCCUCCUAUGUCCGCGUCAACCAACCUGGCGUACCCCCCAUAGAUAUCAACAUCGAGCAAAUUCCUCGACCCUUGCUGGUUCCCUCCUUCGACACCUACGCCGGCUCAAUCGCGAGUACCGUCCAACAAAACGCCAAACUUGCUGCCCAGGUGCUUCAACGACCCAUUCGGCAAGAUGAAGCUGAGGCAUUCGCGUGGCAUAUGGGGAAGGCUUUGAGAAUAGGCUCAUAUGGCACGCCCGUGGGAGUGUCUAUCGCUACACUUUUUGCGUAUCGAAGCACUGGGGAGGGCUUCCGCUUCCCAGGCUGGACGCCCAUGAAGGAGGGAGGAAGGUUUAGUCCCGACAUUUUUGGCCCGCUGAAAGGGCAGGUGGCUCGAACCGCGUGGCAAGCGACGAGAUACGGGGCGUACUGGACCGUCGGGGCAUUACUAGGUCAAAUCUUCUUUGGAAGCUAUGCGAUCACUACGUCUAUUGCGGGGAGGAUGCAGGAUCCGCGGCUGAAGGACUUUCUCGAGGCUUUGAAGAAGAGGCAGCAGGAGGGUGGAGGAAUGCCAAGGCCACGGGAUGUGCAGAACCAAGGCGAUGGGGCGAAGAUGGGGGAGACGCAGGAGAUGGCGUGGCAGAGGAGGAGGGUGCAGAGGGAAGCGGACGACGCGACAGGGCAGUCAGCGCGUAUGGGCCAGCAGGGGCAAGGUGGGCGGGGAGGGGCUGAUGAUGAUAUGAGUCCUACAGGCGGGGCGUUCGAAAACGAGCUCAUGGGUGGCCCGGCGGAUACAGGGUUGAUGGAUGAUCAACAGGCGAGGCCGGACUAUGGACGUGGACAGCAGUCGUCACAAUACGCAAACAAUGGUGCAGCGACCGACUCCUCGAGACCAGAGAGGAGACGACCCGAAGAUAACAACUCAAGACCAAGCGGCACUUCCUGGGACCGGUUACGAAAGGACGCCAUGUCUGGCAAUCAGAACCAGCAGUCUUCUAACUCGAGGGAUUCGCGCUCAGCGAACUCGCAGAGUAAUUCUUCUGGCAGUGACAGCUUCAGCUUCUCGAAUAGAGACGAGGACAAGCAGUUGGCGAGAUCACAAGCGCAGAAGGAGUUUGAUGCGCAGAUUGAGAAGGAGAGGAGUGGACAGGACUUUGAUGACGGGCGUGGUGGGAGGCGGAAGUGGUAG